AUGAAGGUCCCUAUAAUCAGAGUUGCUGAAAUAAGAAACUAUUCUGCAAUCACACAGUUCAUCCUGCUGGGUCUCACCGAUUCCCUUGAACUGCAGAUUCUUCUCUUCUGGGUGUUUGCCUUCAUUUAUGUUAUAGCUCUAAUUGCUAAUUUUCUCCUUAUCUUUAUCAUAUGUACUUUCAAGAAACUCCACACACCCAUGUACUUCCUCAUAUUCAAUUUGUCCUUAGUAAAUAUAUUGUCUGUCUCAGUGACAAUUCCUAGGUUACUCCAAAGUCUCUGGACCCAUACAAAAAGAAUUUCAUUUUAUGGCUGUAUCACACAGAUAUUUUUCAUUAUAUGGGCCUUGGGGUCAGAGUUGGUCAUUCUAUCUUUUAUGGCUUUUGACCGCUAUGCUGCCAUCUGCCACCCUUUGCAUUACACCAUUAUCAUGAGGAAAGAAGUAUGUGUUGGCAUAGCAGCCAUUGUAUGGAUUACUGGAGUGAUAAAUACUGCUGUACAUACUGGACUUAUGUUGCAUCUUUCGUUUUGUGAUUCCAAUGUUAUAAAUCAUUUCUUCUGUGAUAUUCCUCCAGUAUUAGAUCUUGCAUGUUCAGACAUUAGUAUAAAUGAGUUUAUGACAAAGGUUGCAAAUGUGGUGUAUGGCAUGGGUAGUUGUGGAUUGACUCUAACUUCCUAUUUUUUUAUAUUGAAAACUAUCUUCAGGAUCCGUUCUACUGAAGGGAAGAAGAAAGCUUUCUCCACAUGUUCCUCACAUCUCUUUGUAAUCAGUUUUUACUUUUCUGCAAUCAUCUACACAUAUAUAAGACCCUCUUCAGUCUAUUCUCUAGAUAAGGACAAGCUUGUGUCACUCAUUUAUUCAGUGGUAACUCCGGUUGUCAAUCCACUCAUAUACUCUUUGAGAAACAAAGAUGUUAAAGAAGCAAUGAAAAUGUUCACUGUAAAUCUCAGAUUGUUUCCAAGAUCUUAA